AUGUCCACGGCCACCACCAUGCAGAGGGUCGUCCUUGCCCUCACAAACUUCAAGUCGCCCAUCCUCCGCACCGUCGUCCCCUGCGGCCUCGCCGCCGUCGCCCUGCAGGCCCUCGCCGCCGCGCCCUCCGUCGCCGCCCGCUCCGAGCUCUUCUUUGACGUCUCGGGCUCCCUGACGUACCUGGCCGUCGGCGCUCUGAGCCUGUACCUGCCAGCGCUGCGCGCCCGCGCCCUCGCCGCCGCUCAGGGCGUCGCCCAGACCGCCCUCCCCAAGACGCCCAGCAUCGCCCAGCUCGCCGCCUCGGCGUGGAGCAAGGGCGGCGGCGGCGGAGCGGUCCCGGGCGCCCGCAACUGGCGGCAGCUGGUCCUCGUCGGCCUGACCAUGGUGUGGGCUACUCGAUUGGGAUCCUAUCUCUUCUCGCGCGUCCUCGGCCACGGCCACGACUCGCGCUUCGACGAGAUUCGCGACAAGCCCGUGCGCUUCGCCAGCGUCUUCCUCAUCCAGGCCAUCUGGGUGACCAUCCCGAUGCUGCCCGUCCUCGCCCUCGGCGCCGUCCCCGCCGCCACCGUGGCCGCCGCCCUGCCGCGCCUCGCCGCCACCGACGUCCUCGGACUGUCGCUCUGGGGCGUGGGCUUCUUCUUCGAGGCCGUCGCCGACUACCAAAAGAGCCAGUGGGUCAAGCAAAAGAAGCUCAAGCUGCACGAUGAGGAUUUCCUCACGAGCGGUCUCUUUAGCGUCAGCCGCUUCCCCCACUACUUUGGCGAAAUUUCCAUGUGGACCGGCAUCGCCGUCACCGCCGCCGGCGUGCUCGCCCGCAGCCCCGUGCAGCUCGCGCUCGGCUGGACGGGGCCCCUCGGCGUCGUGGCCACGACGGCCUUGUGCGGCCUCAGCCCCCUCUUUAGCUGGUUCGUCGUGACGCGCGUGUCGGGCGUGCCCAUGAGCGAGAAAAAGUAUGACGAGCGAUACGGGCACCGCGCCGAUUACCAAAAGUGGCGCAGCGAGACGCCGCGGCUGGUGCCCAAGCUGUGGUGA